GAUUGAGAAGGACAGAGAGAGAGAGAGAGAGAAGGAUGCAGAUUUGCCAUUGCAGCCACGAGCAUCCCCUGGCCCUCUGUAUGAUGGAGGACACCGGCGAGCCUUGCAAGGGACGCUCGAGACCCAUCUUGGAUCUCGGCCACGUCUGCCACCGCUGCGGCUUCCUCCUCCACAAGAAGUGCGAGAAGUUGCCUCGGAAAGUCCUCCUCCGGGUUCAUCCCAAACACCCUCUCACCCUUCAAUUUUCAUCGGAAACCUUCAAGUGCGGCGUCUGCAAGAAAACUGGCUCGGGGCUCACCUUCCAAUGCGGCGAGUGCAAAUACAACGUGGACGUGACCUGUUUCUUAACAAAUUUCCCAUGUACUGAUUUCCCUCCUCAAGAAUGUAAAACAAGGAAGCUACCGCGUUCCACCGCGACACUUUGUCUCUGCGCACAGCAGAGUAAAAGGAAAUGUACAGGAUGUGAACAGCAAAUUUCGGGUUCAGCUUGUUGCUGCAAGGAAUGCGAUCUGCUCACACUCCACAAAUACUGUGCUCAAUUACCACGGCAGAGAGAAAAUCCUUGCUGCCUUUCGCACUCCCGCGCGCUUCUUAAAGAAACAUGUGCAAUCUGUGAUGCCUGUCGGAAGAUCAAUGGUGGCUCUGUGUACCAUUGCGACAAAUGUUCGUUCGACCUCGACUUGGUAUGCACUUGUCUCGCACCUUCACUGAAACUGGAGAAGUGUAAUGACUUCCCUUCUUGCUUCAAAGAAUCGCGUGGUCAAGUUUCAUGUAAUUCCUGCAGCACUCCGUGGAGCAACAAUCUUUACCGAUGCGUUAGCUGCAACUUUAAUGUGCACUGCACUUGUCUUCCUCUUCCAAGCACCGUUAAGCACAAACACCAUCCCCAUUCUCUUACGCUCAAAGAACCUACUCCCAAGGAUGAUUCAAGUAGGAUUUGCUGCGCAGCAUGCAAGAUGAAGAUAUGCCCAAAGGACCGGGCUUAUUACUGUGCAGAAUGCUGCUAUGGAGUUCAUCUUGAAUGUGUGGUCCCCGAGGAGCAGCCGGACCGAGGGAAACUCGCGGAAGACAUCGCAAGGGUCCUAGAAGCGCUAAAUGCAAUUGCUGCUCAGCUGUAACGGGACAAAGAAUCCGGAUAGACGAAGAUACAAGCGUGAGUAGGAAAAUAUUCCAACAUAACACAACAGCAACCUGAGCUAAUAAAAAAAAUGAAAUGCCGACAAAUAAGUGAAAGUGAGAUUCUAUGAUCUUCGCUCUGUCGAUACCAUUGUGUCUAAAACUUAGUGACACUUACUUGAAUCAAGUAAGAUAGUUAGGACUUAGUACUUGUGUCAUGCAUCUAAAUGUUUUACUAUAAUGUAAAAGCCUAUCCACAUGUGCAAAGGAAAGAUCGUCAUGCUCCUAAA